CAUACAAAAUACAUUUAAUUUGGAAUUAAGACCGGAAGUGAAGGUUGUGCAUUAAUUUUGACCACUUCCAAAAGAGUAGGGGGAGACUGUGGGUAUCCAGUACUCGAACAGACUAUUAACCCGUAGAAACCAGACCUCAAACCCAAAUGUCGGUUUGGUGAUGUGGACCGUCGGUACCGGACUUCCUCUAUACCGUUGUCGCCUCGCCGUGCCUUCGUGAGUACUGACGGGCCGAGACCCACCAUGGCCUCGCCGUCACUCCGCUGCACAUCUGUCAGACCCGCCGCUGUGACGCCGGUGGCGGUCGUCGUCGUGCUCCUGAUGUCGGCAGCUACCGUUCAGUCUUCCCAGGGCGACAAAGAGCCGGUGUACCGAGACUGCGUGAAGCAAUGUGUCCAGACCAACUGCACCGGACCUCGGCUACGAUGGUACCAGACCGUCCAACCGCAGUACAUGGCGCUAACAGGUUGGACUUGUCGUGACGACUGUCGCUAUGAGUGCAUGUGGGCCACAGUGGGUCUUUACCAGGCUGGGGGGUACAGAGUCCCGCAGUUCCAUGGCAAGUGGCCGUUUGCGCGCUUUCUCUGCUUCGAGGAGCCGGCGUCCGCCCUGGCCUCACUCCUCAACGGCCUGGCCUGUCUUCUCAUGCUGCUGCGCUACAGGAGCACCGUGCCAAGACAAAGCCCCAUGUUCCACACCAUCAACGCCUUCUCUCUGGUGUCCCUCAACGCCUGGCUCUGGUCCACAGUGUUCCACACACGGGACACCUUCCUCACUGAGAAAAUGGACUAUUUCUGUGCUACAGCAGUGAUUCUCUACUCCAUUUAUUUAUGCUGUGUCAGAACGUUGGGUCUGAGGCACCCGGGGGUGUCCAGCAUCGUGGGAGUGCUGCUCAUCUUGGCCUUCACAUCCCACAUCUCCUACUUGACGUUUGUCAGUUUCGACUACGGCUACAACAUGGCCGCUAACGCCACCAUCGGCAUGGUGAACCUCCUGUGGUGGCUGUGUUGGUGCUGGAGGAACAGGCGCACGCUGCCCUACUGGUGGAAGUGUGGCCUGGUGGUGCUGCUGCUCCACGGUCUGGCCCUGCUGGAGCUCCUCGACUUCCCCCCGCUGCUCUGGAUCCUGGAUGCGCAUGCCAUUUGGCACCUGAGCACCAUCCCUGUGCACUUCCUUUUCUACAGUUUCCUGAUCGACGACAGCCUCUACUUACUAAACACAGAGAAGCUGGGCGUCAAAGUGGAGUAGGAGGAGAUUCACGAGCACCGUUGCACCUGUCCAAACAUGGCCGCCGGACACCCCGACAUAGAAGUAGCUCCGCUUCCCAGAUGACCUGCAUGACACCUUCCACUUUCAUCAGGCAAAACUUGUGUUUACAUUUUCUGGUUUUAUUUUGCCUAUUUAUUUGUGUUGAUUUGAUCAUGAUUUAAUGUACUUUACAUUUGCCUUAUCAUUUAUCAUACGUGGACGGAAGCGUAAGAGAACUUUCAAGCUUUGAGAAUGAACUCCCACUAUUUCUUUUAACCUUGCACGGAUGCUGUGUGUCAGUAUGUGGCGACAAAUUACCUCCAGCAUGUGUCAUGGUGCCAAAAGGGGACCCCCACAGUACGACGGAUGGUUCUAGAAAGAAUGGAAUAAUUUUAGCUGACUGAGCUUUUUCUCCCCCACCUUUUGUUUUGUGCCUCGGUUGCUGCUUUUUCUACACCCAAACUUUUGAUUUUAAUAUUAUUUAAUCACCUGCUCCCUUAAUUAUUAUCAUUUUAUGUUUUUUGACUUGGGUGGGACGUGCGUGACGAUCAUUUUAUUCACCUUGGAUGCCUUUUAGUGUGAGAAAAACAGGGAAAGUGUUGAAAAUGAAAUUUAAAUGAGUAUUUAGAUGAUAGCUUGAUGGUUUAUUUUGUAUGGAUUGAGUUUCCAUUGCUGCAGUAUCAUCCUCCAUUUUGGCCUCAUAUGCUGCUUGUAAAUUAGCACAUUCCGCUCAGAGCUGUUGUCAUACCAUGUAUGUUUUUCACCCCUCUCUGAGCCCCCUGCCGUACUUUUCCAUAUGUGCACUUUAGGGAUGCACGCGUCCAUGGUUUUUUGUUUGGAAUCCACGCUCAUGCCUUUGUAGCUCUGUUUGACACUGAGGACAAUGGCCACUACAUAAUGUUUUUUGCUGUUGUGGUGCACAUUUAGAUGGUUCCUAACCUUUCUGUGUGUAGACUAGACGUACACUCACGUGACAGUUUUGAGGUACACAUGCAUCAAGUGAGUGCAGUUGAAUGCAUCAGCUCUGCAGCUGAGCCUUCCCAAAUGAGUUUUUCAACACCUUGGAAAUAAUGUUACACUUUUUACCUUUUUAAGUCCUAAAACUGUUCUUCUCAUAAAAUUAUUUUUAAACCAUUUUCACCACAUCAAGACUUUUCAACAAUUUGAGAUAUUAUGUAGGUUUAGUCAUAAGACCCCUUAUUUUUCGGAGUAAUUUAGCUCGAUAAUUGAUAACAUUGCCUCAAACCUUUAUUAAAUUGUCAUGAGAGGCAUUUGUGUACCUAAUAUAUUGGGAGUUUUUAUGUGUGGCUGGGAAAAUGUAGCGUUGUCAUAUUGGGCAAUGUGAUUGACAUAAGAAAUUAUUAUAAUUAUGGGAGGUGAAAUGGGAUAACAUAAACAAAUGGACGCACCUUUAUAUAAUUACUUACAUGUCUCAUAAAUAAUUAAAUUAAUAAAUACAUCAAAUCAUAUUUAUAUGAUUAACAAAUGUAUUUUUUAUCUAAUACAUUAAUAGCACAUUUAUUGACACAUGUAUGUAUUAAAUUCUAAUUAUAAUUAAUUGACACAAGUAAUUUAAAAGGUUUUAACAUAGUUGUGUAUGGAAGUAGAAUUGUCUCACAUCAACUUAUAUAUAUCAAUAUAUUAUUACAUAUGCAUUUAUUAAUAAUAUACAAAUACAAAUGUGAUAUACAAAUAAAUGAUUUGUAUAAAUAAAUGCGUAUUUGUAAAUAUAUUUUUGAGAUUUGAAAAUAUAUACAAAUAAAAUGUAUAAAUAUAAAAAUGUGACAUACAAAUAAAUCAAGAAUUUGUAUAAAUAAAAGUGUAUUUGUAAAUAUAUUUUUGAGAUUUGAAUAUAAAUAUGCUUGAUUUUGUAUUUGUAUUGAAUUUGCCUAUGUGGAUCACUUUUUUGGUUUUGUGUCGAUGAGACAUUCCUACAAACCAGAUGCAUUAAUAAAUGUGACCUACACAUUCCCCUGAACAAGCAGCAGAGGGCACUGCAGCCAGAGCGGUCUGGCUCACAGAGCAUUAUAUGCCAUCCAUCCAUCCAUUUGCAACCGCUUAUCCCUUUCGGGGUUGUGGGGGGUGCUGGAGCCUAUCUUAGCUACAAUCGGUCGGAAGGCGAGGUACACCCAGGACAAGUCGCCACCUCAUCGCAGGGCCAACACAGAUAGACAACAUUCACACACUAGGGCCAAUUUAGGGUUGCCAAUCAACCAAAAUCAAGCAAAUUUAUAUUCAAAUCUCAAAAAUAUAUUUACAAAUACACGUUUAUUUAUACAAAUUCUUGAUUUAUUUGUAUGUCAUAUUUAUACAUUUUAUUUGUAUAUAUUUUCAAAUCUCAAAAAUAUAUUUACAAAUAGAAGUUUAUUUAUACAAGUGAUUUAUUCAUUUGUAUAUCACAUUUGUAUUUAUAUAUUUAUUAAUACAUGCAUAUGUAUUAAUAUCAAGUUGAUGUGAGACAAUUCUACUUCCAUAGUUGUGGCCCUCCACAUAUGUUCCUAUCCACGCAGAAAAUGCAGUUUUACAGCAAGAAACUAUUUGGGUAUACUUAAAAUUCACAGCAAUCUCCUCUCAUUUCCUUGCUUGAUUUAAUUUUUCAUGCAUAUUCAUUAUCAUUUCCCAGAAAAUAUAUUGUAUUGUUCUUUCCUUGUUCCUUUCUGUACAAUCUGCAGUUUCCCCUGCAUAUCUACUGCCCUCUAGCUGCCACCUUGUGCACUACACCACUGCCAAGCAAUGCCCCUUUGCUCUCAUGUUAUACAAUAUUUUAAGAACCGGAAAGAAUAAAACUAUUCUUUAUUGAUAAAACAUAAGCAUCCCUCGUGUGUUAUGUGCAUGGAAUGUAAUUGCAUCUGCUGUAUUUGUAUGGUCUACUCCUGUUUAAUGUAAAUAAUGCAUCUGAUUGUAUUUUUAUUGUCUUAUUGCAACUUAUAAAAAUAU